CCAUUAACGCAAGCGUCGUGAAAAAAGCCACAAAAAAUAAAUACAGACAAGACAGGCAUUUCGAGAACUUUUGCAAGAAAUCAAGCUGAAAAGUAGUCCCGACGCUCCAAGAUGAAUAGAGGCAACAUGCUAUAUGGCGGCGACGAAAUUGGAGCCUUAGUUUUCGAUCCAGGGCACCAUUCGUUCCGUGUGGGCUACGCGCAAGAGGAUUCGCCGAAGGCUGAGAUACCCUCUGUUGUCGGCAUUGGAGCAUCCCCAACUCCGGAUACGAAUCUUGAUCCAGAUACCAAAACUGACAACAAUGUGACGCCCAACAGCCCACUCGUCGUAUUCCGAGUCCUGUUCCGGCUGCGCUGCUUUACUAUACAGAAAAGGAUACUUGGUAAUUAGCUCCAGCAGACGUAAAUCGUUCAGAACUAUCAUCGAAUUGCAAUUUGUGUUGGAUAUAUUUAUUUCCAUUGGGCUGACUGAGGAGUCUCUACCGCUUUCGCUGUCCAUUGCUGUGCCAGCUUCGGUACCCAUUUCGUUUUUCGGAUCAGCCAUUAUUCGGCGACGCGACGGAUUUGAUCUUCAAAAUUUUUUGUUGUCCCCGAAUUUUAUAAACAUAUGAAUAUAUCGAUACCUGUUUUUUUAUGAUAAUAUAUUUGUAGGUGGUAGUUUUUCGACUGGCGAAAAAAUGUUGUAUAUUUUUUUGCGAACUUUAAUUAAAUCGGUAUAUUUUUGCGAUGAGCGGAACUAAUCGGCGUUUUAUUUCGAAAAUUCCAAACUAAGUUCUUUACUUUAAUUUUAAACCUAGAUGGUCAUAAAACAUCGACUCGACGACGCAUGAUCACAUAUCUUCGAUCACUUUUAAAUUAAAUAAUUGAUAUAUCAAUCGGAUAAAAUUGUGUAUUCAGGGCUGAGGGUCCUGUUUAGCUAGUAAUAUGAUUUAGCGCAGUUCAUGGUAAAGUAAAGAUGAAGGAUGGGAUGGAUCUACAAUAAGAACUAUUAUUAUUAUUAUUUUUCGCGAUUUAACUCAAGUUGUUAUCCUGUUUAAAACAGGGGGAUUAAGUGGGAUAAGUUCACUUCUUCAUCGGUAUAUUACGGUAUAUUUCUGAAUUUCAGACAGUAUAUUUUAUCGAUAGGUCGAUUGCCAUUAACGCAAGCGUCGUGAAAAAAGCCACAAAAAUAAAUACAGACAAGACAGGCAUUUCGAGAACUUUUGCAAGAAAUCAAGCUGAAAAGUAGUCCCGACG